CUCUGGAGUAGACAAGCAUAAACAGCCAUCAGUGACGAGACGCGCUCGAUGGCGAUUGGCUCGGUGGAAUCGGUCGCCGUGGUGGCGGUGCCGUUCCCGGCGCAGGGCCACCUGAACCAGCUCAUGCACCUGUCCCUGCUGCUCGCGGCGCGGGGGCUGGACGUGCACUACGCGGCGCCGCCGCCGCACGUCCGCCAGGCGCGGUCGCGCCUGCAGGGCUGGGACCCCGACGCGGUCCGCUCCCUCCGCUUCCACGGCCUCGACGUCCCGGCGUACGAGUCGCCGGCCCCGGACCCGGCCGCCCCGCCCUUCCCGAACCACCUGAUGCCCAUGUUCGAGGCCUUCGCCGUCGCCGCGCGCGCCCCGCUCGCCGCGCUCCUCGCGACGCUCUCGGCCAGCUACCGCCGUGUGGUCGUCGUGUACGACCGGCUGAACUCCUUCGUCGCGGCCGAGGCGGCGCGGCUGCGGAACGGCGAGGCGUUCGGGCUGCAGUGCGUGGCCGUCUCGUACAACGUCGGGUGGUUGGACCCCGAGCACCGGCUCGUGCGCGAGCACGGCCUCCGGUUCCACCCCGCGGACGCCUGCAUGUCCAGGGAGUUCGUGGAGUUCAUCAGCCGGGCGGAGCAGGACGACCAGGACAAGUCCAGCGCAGGCAUAGUCAUGAACACGUCUCGUGCGAUCGAGGGCGAGUUCAUCGACGAGAUCGCGGCGCACCCCAUGUUCAAUGAGUUGAAGCUUUUCGCGGUCGGCCCGCUGAACCCGCUGCUCGACGCGACCGCCCCGACGCCGCCGGGCCAGACGCGGCACGAGUGCAUGGAGUGGCUCGACAAGCAGCCGCCGGCGUCCGUUCUCUACGUGUCAUUCGGCACAACGUCAUCCCUCCACGGCGACCAGGUCGCGGAGCUCGCGGCGGCGCUGAAGGGCAGCAAGCAGAGGUUCAUCUGGGUGCUCCGCGACGCCGACCGCGCCGACAUAUUCGCCGACUCCGGCGAGAGCCGGCACGCCGCGCUGCUCUCCCGGUUCACCGCGGAGACCGAGGGAGCGGGGAUGGUGAUCACCGGGUGGGCGCCGCAGCUGGAGAUCCUCUCGCACGGCGCCACGGCGGCGUUCAUGAGCCACUGCGGCUGGAACUCCACCAUGGAGAGCCUGAGCCACGGGAAGCCGAUCCUCGCAUGGCCCAUGCACUCCGACCAGCCGUGGGACGCGGAGCUGCUGUGCAAGUACCUCAGGGCGGGCCUCCUCGUGAGGCCAUGGGAGAAGCACAGCGAGGUGAUACCGGCGGAGAGCAUCCAGAAGGUCAUCGAGGAGGCGAUGCUGUCGGAGAAAGGGGCGGGGAUACGUCGGCGGGCGAAGGAGCUCGGCGAGGCCGUCCGCGCGUCCGUGGCAGACGGCGGGUCCUCGCGGAAAGGCCUGGAUGACUUCGUUGGCUACAUCACACGAUGAUGCAGGAAUAUCCUCUGAUUCUUCGAGUGCCGCUCGGAUGUUUAAAUUUGAGUAUUCGUUGAAAAAUAUUAAUUUUAAAAUUCGGUAGCCACUCCUAAGUAGUAAAGUAUAUGUAAUACACUGAUACUCCAUGUCAUAUACUCAUAUAUAGCAUACUUAGAGACGAAAUUUCAUCAAUC